CAUUUGUAAAGACGGUCAGCUGUUCGUAAAAGCGGCAUUUAACAUUUUGCAAAUAAAAAGUAAACAAACCGGAAGCCAAAUAAGAAAAUAGUUGUAAUUAGAUCGAAAUAAAAUGUCCUCAUCCAGCGAAAACUGUCAAAUAUGUAAUAAGCAAAAGUUCAAGUAUACUUGUCCUCGAUGCAAUAUAAACUACUGUUCUCUGGACUGUUAUAAAUCCAAGGAACACUUGAAAUGCUCUGAAGCUUUUUACAAACAAUGCGUUCAGGAUGAAUUGGCAGCAAAAGCUGGUCAACCGGAGAACAAAGAAGAUAUGCGUAAAAUAUAUGAGAUUUUAAGACGAAUACGGGAAACUGAUGCCGGUAUUCCUAUAGAGGAUUUUGAUCAAGAUUCCUUAGACUCUGAUGAUGAUGAAGAGGCUGGUGGUGAAGAAGAAGAUGAUGAAGUUGGUGACCUGCCUCAUAUGCCUAGUGGCCCUCAUGGUCAUCACAAUGAAACAGAUGAGCUAGAUAUAGCUGAACGUUUAAAAGACGUUGACAUCAAUGAUGCCGAUGAGGUAUGGGAAAAUUUAACUCAAGAAGAAAGAUAUGAAUUCAAAAAAAUGAUUUCCUCUGGUGAUAUCAUGAAACUAAUACCAGAUUUCAAACCCUGGUGGAUGAGAGAAGAUAAAAAAUCCAAAAUCAUUGAUAUGUCUGCUAAAACAGAAUCUUGUCAGAGUAGUAUUCCAGCCAUAUACGAAAAUAUACCAGCAUUCUCGUCAAUUUGUAGCAAAGAACCUGCAGCCUGUGUACACUACAAUCUAUGGAAUAUCAUCGCCUCAUAUUGUUGUACCUCACGCUAUUUCAAUGGAGAACAUUUAACAAAUCCCAAUGAAGCAGCAGCGUUUCUGGUAAAUCUCAGCACAACUCUGAAAUACGGAACCAACUUUGAGGAUGUUGAAGAUGCCAUAGUAUCCGUGCACAUGGAGGCCUUAACAACAGGAAAUGGAGCUGCGCAACUAAUGUCUAAUGGGGAGAAACCCACACUGAUUGUCGAGUGUCCAGAGCAAUUGCAGAGCGAUGUCCGUCAUGUGAUGUCAAGGCAACAAUUUAAAUUGGCAGCACUGAGUGAAAGUCUGAAACUUUUUCAAUUGACAAAGAAUAUUUUAAAGAAUGCCCACAAAAAGGACACUGAAUUUCAAAAAUUGUUUGCCAUCAGCAGUGGUAUGGAGGAGCUGACAAAGGCAAAGGUUCAGCAAAUUGUCAGAAAACUGGAAUUUUAUUUAUCCUACGUUAAUAGAGAUGAUUCGUAAUAAAUAUGUAGUUUCCAAG